GUGUAUCAUAAUGUACUUGUACUGUUAAUAAUUAAUCGAAUAUUUGUUUAUAGUGAUAUAGUUAUAUUCUAACAAUGGAAAUGAUAUAUUCUACAGAUAAAUCAAUGCAACAGUUAUUGACGUCUGUACACAGAUAAACAUUCAUAUUUCACGUUUGAUUAGCUUUACUCUCAGUCUGACAUCAUACUGCGUCAAGAUGUAUCUUAUUCUGCGAGUCCUCGCAUUAAUGACUGGCGUAUCAUUGAUAACGUCUACGUUUUACAGUGACCAUAGUCUCCUGAGAAACACUUUAUUUUCUACAGAUCGUUACGAUCCACUCAUCCGACCAGUUAACGAUACCAAUGAACCGUUAAAGAUGUACGUGUCAUUUGGUUACAGUCCUUCAAUAGAGCUCGACGAGACUGUCCAAUUGAUGAGUGAUUCUUACUGGUUUCGAUUUAGCUGGACAGAUCACUUCUUAAAAUGGAAUCCCGAGAAUUAUUCAGGAAUAUCUCAAGUCUACGUACCCCAGUCCUCCAUAUGGAAACCUAGAAUAGCGAUGUAUCAAAGACUCAAUAACCCAUCACUUACCGUGAACGAAGAGGCACUUGCAUCCGUUAAUUCUUCGGGGGUUGUGGCAUUCGAUAUCAGUAUCCAUCCAAAGACUCGAUGUUUAAUGGAAAUUAGCAAAUUUCCAUUCGAUGUGCAAACAUGUGUCUUUUUUAUAAUGGAUGAAUAUUUAUCAGAGGGAGAAUUAUAUUUUGACGUUCAAAGCGUGCUGGUUAUGGACGAACCGGAGAGUGAAUGGAUCUUACAAAGUCAAAGUGCAACAGUUAGCACCAAAUACGGCAGAAGCAUUGUAAACUUUCAGUUUAUCAUAAGACGCCAGCCAAGUUUUUACGUAAUAACAAUUAUCAUUCCACUCGUCACAACGGCUUCCCUAAAUCCUCUAGUAUUUCUUAUUCCUCCAGGUUCGGGUGAAAAAAUCUCAGUAGCUGUGACAAUUUUGUUGUCAUAUACAGUGUUUUUAAAUGUAAUAAGCGGAAUCUUGCCAGAAACUUCCACCUCUACAUCGAUUGUCUCGGAGUAUAUCACAACUCUCUUUGUCCUUAGUGGACUCUAUACAAUAUUUUGUGUGAUAAUCGUCAAGAUAGACAACACCAAUUGGUCUCCGGGGAAUUGCGUUUUUUUCAGGUUACGGGAUCGGCGAGUCAGCCACAAGACAGACAACACUGCCUCUGAUAAAUCUUCUGGUGAACCCGUGAAGAAUGUUAGUACGGCUGUUAUGUUGGAUAGAAUCAUGUUUGUUCUUUGCUCAUUUGGGUCUACAGCUCUGACUUGUUGGUGUUUUGCUUCUAUUUUAAGAUAACAGGGACAAUAACUUACAGUAGUAAUCUAUUUUAAGAUAACUGGAAGGAUAAUAACUGUACUUACACUUACAGCCUUGUGGAAGAACAACAACUGUACUUAUACUAGUAGCCUAUCUUAAUUGGAAGAACGAUAACUGUAGUUACACUAGUGGUUUAUUUUGAGGUAAUUGGAAGAACGAUGACUGUACUUAAGCUAGUGGUCGAUUUUAAGAUAAUUGGAAGGACAAGUUACACUUAUAGUCUAUUUUAAGAUAACUGGAAGAACAAUAUAACAAUACCGUGCUUGCACUUAUUAUUGUAAGAUAACUGGAACAAAAAUAACUGUACUUCAAUUACAGUCUAUUGAAAGAUAACUGGAAGAUCCAUACUGUACUUACACUUAAAGUCUAUUACAAGAAAACUGAAAGAACAAUAACUGUACUUACACUUAAGGUCUAUUUUAAGAAAACUAGAAGAGACAUACUGGACUUACACUUAAAGUCUUUUGUAAGAUAAUUGGAAGACCUAUACUGUACUUAAACUUUCAGUCUAUUAAAAGAUAACCGACAGAACCAUUUGUACUUUGUAUCUGGAAUGGAUUUACAUUUUAGAAAUAGGCAACUAAUGUACAAUACGUGUGUUAUAUUUGUCCCUUGAAUACCGGAAAACACCGGAAAAACACUAAAUACCGGAAAACACACUAAAUACCGGAAACAUCCUAAAUAGGUAACUCAGAUGUUUUCCGGUGUUUUCCUGUAUUUUCCGGUUGUUUUCCGCUGUUUUCCGUUAUAUAGUAUUGCCGUUCAAAAACCAGUGGACAAUUUAAAAAAUAUUGAGUGAGUUUUCUAUGUCGUCAUUUCCGUGCAAUAAGACAGUAGUGUUUCGAUGGAUAGUCAGUAAAUUAUUAAUUGUAUUAUUUCGGGCACUUAUAAUCUAUUUUAAGAUAAUUGGAAGAACAAUAAUAAUUGUACUACGAAAUCAAGGGCGUGUAAGAUUUGUGCGUAUAAAAAGUAUAAGAUAUUGAUUAUGAUUAGUUUAGUUAAUUGUAGUGCAUACUAUUAGAGCUAUGGAUAAUACCAAAAAUACAGAAUUUGUGCUGUCAACUUAAAUGUUGAAACUUCCCAUAUACAUAAGGCGAAAGAUAAAAAAUAUUGCAAUUCACAGCUGUAAUGAAGCAAUGGACUGCUAGGUUGAAUAAAAAAAAU